UAUGUUAUGAUAUAUUUUAUGGUCCGCAAUGGUGACAAUUGACUUGGACAAUAGAGAGUGCUGCUACUUCCACAUAAAUACAUGAAUACGUGGAAUAACCCCCCAUCAUACAUCCCACUCCCACCUACUAAUAUGCAGAGGGUGAGGGGCAGCCCCACAGAAACCCGAUGAAUCACACACACCUGACGAGGCAAACAGGAAGAGCAGUAGAAGUUGUUUGGCAGCAACGGCAGCAGGAGCAGGUACGAGACACAACACACACAGUUUCAGAGAGCCAACCAAUCCAGGGGGGCCUUCACCUCUCCACCCUAACCCAGACCAGAUCAGACCAGUCCAGAUCAGAACCAGACCCAGACCAGUCCCGGUCAAGUUGUUUAAGGCGUAACGGACUGAGAGAUGAGGGGUAGGGCUCUCUGACCCCUGACACUAACAAGGUGGUGUAACCUCCAACCCCUGUGGCUCCUCCGAUGUUCUCCAGAAAGGACAGCCUUCCCUCCCCCAGCUUGGAAGACUCCUUCUUUCCCCUCUCCUCCACCUCCUCCCAUUCUCUCUCUCUCGCUUAUCCCUCCUCCUCUUCCUCCUCCUGUUGCCAGGGUGGGAGUGGCUCCAUGGGGAAGGCGGGGUUAAAGGCAGAGCUGGAGGCGGGUCUAGAGACAGAUCUGAUCCUGGCUGCUGAGUUGGGCCAGGCUCUGUUGGAGAGGAAUGAAGAGCUGGCCGAGGCACUGACACAGAGAGACAGACAUGUAGAGGUCCUGCAGCAGGAGAAGCAUGUUCUUCGGAGGAGAUUGGAGGUAUGUGAGCUGUCGUCACAACAGAGAGAGGCGGAGCUAACCUCCGAACUCUCCUCCUUACUGGCCGAGCUGGACCAACAUCACAGCCGGGGGCAGGGCCAGAAGCGGGAGGAGAACACACAGCUGACUGAGCUGGCCAAUCACAACCACCGCCUGGUGGAAGAGUUGGCAGAGGCGGUGUCAGUAGAACACUCAUUGCGUGUGGAACUCCGUUCACUCCGAGAAGAGAUCGAAGACUCCUCCCUCAGCAAAACCAUUAGUUCUACACAACUAGACAACACACAAGCAGAGAACAGGGUGUUGAAGGAGAGGCUGGGUAAUAUGGAGGAACAGUUGAGGCUAUGGCAGGAGGACUGUGAUAGGCUGAGAGGAGAGAGGGAGAGGCAAAGAGACAGACUGACAGAUCUACAGACCAAUCUGAGAGAGAGAAGCCCAGAGUUGGAGCAGGAACAGAGUGUGGUGUUUGAGUUGCGGACACUGAGUCGUUCUCUAGAGCGGAGAGUCCAGAGGCUGGAAGAGGACACCAGUCUGGACGACACACACACUUACACACACCCUCUGUCCCUGCUCAGUGAGAUACAGCAGACUCAGGCUACAGAGACACUGUUGGCCCACUCUACCAUCCUACAAGACAAAGAUCAGGAGAUAGACACACUGAGAGAAAAGCUAUGCUCCAGAGAGGCGGAGCUUGAUUCUCUGAGGGAGGAGCUACAGCCAUUCAGGAGCUGUCAAGGAAAACCCAGCUACAGCUCCCUGGAGAGUGAGGUGUGUACGGUGCGAGCGGAGAGAGACAGUCUGACCCAGCAGCUGCUGAACACCAUUCAACAUAAGGUGGUGCUGUCGCAGGAGGUCGACGCAUGGCAGGAGGACAUGCGCCUGCUGAUAAGUCAGCAGGUGCAACAGCAGGCAGAGGAGAAAGAGAGAGAAAAGGAAGGAGAGAAAGAGAGCAAGAGGAAGGGGCUGCAGAGAACCCGGUCCAUGAGAGUCAGAGGAGAGAGAGGGAAAGGAGGAUUCUUCUCUUCUCUCUUUAAAGGGGAUGAAUAGAGAGAUGGAGGGACAUAGAAACGGGGGAGAGGGGGG